UUGUUAAACCAAUUCGCAUCCACCCCUUAUUCCUCUCUCACUAAGCGCGUUUAUGGCAGAAGAAGGAUCCGCUGAGAUACGAGGAAGAAGCGGCAGAGAUCGCAACCACCUAACCGCCGCCAAUCUCUAGACGAUCGAUAACGAUGGGGAAGGGUCCCUUAUCGUUCCGCCGUCUUUCGAGCAUCCGCCGCCGGAAGAAAGGCUCGUCGGUGAAGGACGAUCCCAACCAAACGUCGAAUCCUUCGUCUCCGCCUCCUCCUUCUCCGAUCAACGCGGGGGGAUCGGUCGCGCAGGCUGGUGCGGCGACGGGGAAGGUGAAGAAGAAAGCCGGAGGAGCGAGGCUGUGGAUGAGGUUCGAUCGCACGGGAGCGAUGGAAGUUGUGGAAUGCGAUAAGAGCACAAUCAUCAAACGCUCUUCGGUUCCCGCUAGGGAUUUGAGGAUUCUCGGCCCUGUCUUCUCUCACUCCUCCAACAUUCUCGCGAGGGAGAAAGCUAUUGUUGUUAACUUAGAGGUUAUCAAGGCGAUCGUUACUGCAGAAGAGGUGUUGCUGUUGGAUCCUCUCCGCCCCGAGGUUCUUCCGUUUGUUGACCGGCUUAAGCAACAGUUUCCUCAGAGGAAUGCGUUGGAAGCUACUCCAGUUCUUCAGUCUUUGCUUGAUCCGGAAGCUGGAGAGGGGUUGCAGAGUGAGCUUCCUUUUGAGUUUCAGGUCCUCGAGAUGGCUCUGGAGGUUGUCUGCUCUAUCGUUGAUAGCAGUGUGGCAUCGCUGGAGACGGAUGCGUGGCCUGUUCUUGAUGAACUCACCAAGAAUGUCAGCACUGAGAAUCUUGAAUACGUAAGGAGUUUGAAGAGUAAUCUCACCCGCUUGCUAGCCCGUGUUCAAAAGGUGAGAGAUGAACUUGAACAUCUGUUAGAUGACAAUGAAGACAUGGCAGACUUGUACUUGACAAGGAAAUGGAUCCAGAACCAGCAAGCUGAGGCAAUGCUCGAGGGGACACUAUCCGUUGUCCCACCGCAUAACACAUCGAAUCUUCACCGUCUCACAUCAAACAGAAGCGCGAGCAUGGUGACGAGCAACAUGGAUGAAGACGACGUGGAGGAUCUGGAGAUGUUGCUGGAAGCAUACUUCAUGCAGCUAGAGGGAAUGAGGAACAAGAUUCUUACCGUGAGGGAAUACAUCGACGACACGGAAGACUACGUGAACAUACAGCUGGACAACCAACGUAACCAGCUGAUCCAGCUGCAGCUGAUUCUGACCAUGGCCUCGUUUGCGAUAACCGCAGAGACGUUGUUGGCCAGCUUGUUCGGGAUGAACAUACCAUGUCCGUUGUAUAACAUAAACGGCAUCUUCUGGUACUUCGUGUGGAGUAUCACUGCGUUUUGCUUUGUGCUCUUCAUGGUCGUUCUUGGUUACGCCAGGUGGAAGAAGCUGCUUGGCUCAUAAUCUCUCUCUUUCUCUAUGGACCACUAAUGUAAUAAAACCCCAUAAGACAUGCUCUUUUAGUGAUUAAUAAAAGUUAAUUUGGCUAGA